UGUGAUUGGUCAACACGGAUAUAGAAAGUGGUAAGGAAGUUUCACAGUUAUCGUUAUUAUCAAUAAGGUUUCUCCUUUUAUAGUUACAUAUUAGAGACUCCACACACCACAGUAACAUACUCAUUCAUAUUCUGCAUUCUCAAACUCUUUCUUCGUCCAAUUUCUCUCAAUUCUCAUGGCUAUGCAGUCAACUUCCUCUUCAGUUUCAUAUGAUUUCAAAUACCAAGUGUUUCUCAGUUUUAGAGGCGCUGACACUCGGUAUGAAUUUACCGGCAAUCUCUACAAGGCUCUUACAGACAAGGGAAUCCACACCUUUUUUGAUGAUCGUGAACUUCAAAGAGGGGAUAAAAUCGAACAAUCACUCAAUAAUGCCAUUGAAGAGUCUAGGAUUUUUAUUCCUGUGUUUUCUGCCAACUAUGCCUCUUCUUCAUUUUGUUUGGACGAACUUGUCCACAUCAUUCGCGUCUACAAGGAAAAGGGGCGCCUCGUUUUGCCUGUUUUCUAUGGUGUGGAUCCUGGUGACAUACGACAUCAGCGUGGGAGUUAUGCUAUACAUCUCACUAAGCAUGAAAAGAGGUUCGGAAAUAACAAGGAAAACAUGGAGAAAUUGCUUCAAUGGAAGAAGGCUCUGAAACAAGCUGCUGACUUGUCUGGCUUUCAUUUUAGUCUUGGGAAUGGAUAUGAAUACAAGCGUAUUGGUGAGAUAAUCAGAAACGUCACCAACCAGAUCAAUCGUGUUAGUUUACAUGUUGCCAAAUACCCGGUUGGAUUACAGUCCCGAGUACAACAAGUGAAAUCUCUUCUUGAUAACGAAUCUGAUGAUGUGGUCCAUAUGGUAGGACUUUACGGUAUUGGAGGUUUAGGUAAAUCAACACUUGCAAAAGCAACUUUUAAUUCUAUUGCUGAUAAAUUUGAAGUUUUUUGUUUUCUUGAGAACGUGAGAGAGAAUUCAGCUAAGCAUGGCUUGGAAAAUCUCCAAGAGCAACUCCUUUUAAAAACAAUUGGAGAAGAAAUUAAGUUAGGAGGUGUUAGUCAAGGUAUUCAAAUCAUAAAAGAUAGACUACGCAGAAAGAAAGUUCUUCUGAUUCUCGAUGACAUUGACAAACUGGAGCAACUAGAUGCUUUGGCUGGAGGAUUUGAUUGGUUCGGUAAUGGCAGCAGAGUCAUCAUUACAACUCGAGACAAACAAUUACUUACCAAUCAUGAGAUAGAAUUAAUGUAUGAAGUAGAAGGGUUGUAUGGGACAGAAGCUCUUGAAUUGUUAAGGUGGAUGGCUUUUAAAAAUAACAAAGUACCGUCAAGUUAUGAACACAUUUUAAACCGUGCAGUUUCAUAUGCUUCGGGCCUUCCCUUAGUAUUAGAAAUAGUGGGUUCCAAUUUGUUUGGAAAGAGCAUACAAAUAUGGAAGGGUGCAUUAGAUGGAUAUGAAAGGAUUCCUGACAAAAAGAUCCAAGAGAUACUUAGAGUAAGCUAUGAUGCUUUGGAAGAAGAGCAACAAAGUGUUUUCCUCGACAUUGCUUGUUGCUUCAAAGAACAUAGUUGGGAGGAGUUCGAAGAUAUACUUCGUACUCAUUACGGCCAUUGCAUAAAACAUCAUGUUCAAGUGUUGGCAGAAAAAUCUCUCAUAGUGAUUAGUAGAUCGAAGUGGGGAUAUAUUUAUGUGACAUUACAUGACUUGAUAAAGGACAUGGGCAAAGAAGUAGUCCGACAACAAUCAUCUAAAGAGCCCGGUGAACGCAGCAGGCUGUGGUGUCACAAUGAUAUUAUUCAUGUUUUGCAGGGAAACACAGGAACUAGUAAAGUCGAAAUGCUAUAUAUGAAUUUCCCCUCCAAGAAAACUGUAAUAGAUUGGAAUGGAAAGGCUUUCAUGAAGAUGACAAAUCUCAAAACACUUAUUAUUAAAAAGGGCCAUUUUUCUAAAGGUCCAGAGUACCUCCCAAGUAGUUUGAGAGUAUUGAAAUGGGAUAGGUAUCCUUCGGAUUCUCUAUCAUCUAGUAUUUUGAACAAGGCAAGUGAAAUAAGUUCAUUUUCCAAUUGUGUAUAUUUAUAAAUUCACUACUAGAUUAUUGUGUUUUAUUUUUAGUUUGUUUUUUCUUUGUGUUUAUGCAGAAGUUCGAGAAUAUGAAAGUCUUUUCAUUGGACAAGUGUCAACAUUUAACCCACAUACCCGAUGUCUCAUGUCUUCCAAUAUUAGAAAAAUUCUCAUUUAAAAAAUGUCGUAAUUUAAUUACAAUUGACAUCUCGAUUGGGUACCUAGAUAAACUUGAAAUCUUAAAUGCAGAGAAUUGCAGCAAGCUCGAGAGUUUUCCACCCUUACGGUUGCCCUCCCUUAAGGAUUUGAAACUCUCUGGCUGUAAGAGUCUCAAGAGUUUUCCAAAAUUAUUAUGUGAGAUGACAAAAAUAAAAGGAAUUUGUUUGUAUGAUACUUCCAUAGGAGAAUUGCCAUCUUCAUUUCGAAAUCUCAAUGAACUUCAUUAUUUACAAAUAUUUGGAGAUGGAAAGCUCAAAAUUUCAAGCAACAUUUUUGCGAUGCCUAACAAGAUCAAUUCUAUUUCUGCUAGCGGUUGUAAUCUAUUAUUGCCAAAAGACAAUGAUAAAAUGAAUUCAGAAAUGUUUUCAAAUGUGAAAUGUCUUCGUUUGAGUAACAACCUCUCAGAUGGAUGUCUCCCGAUAUUUCUCAAGUGGUGUGUUAAUGUGACAUCUCUAGACUUAUCAGGGAACAAAUUCAAAAUUAUUCCUGAGUGCCUUAGUGAACUUCACCUUAUUGUUGACCUUUCUUUGGAUUUUUGCGAGUAUCUUGAGGAGAUUAGAGGGAUUCCACCCAAUCUAUACAAUUUCUCUGCAAUAGGAUGUGAAUCAUUGAGUUUAUCAAGUAUAAGAAUGCUAUUGAGCCAGAAACGACAUGAGGCUGGAAGAUGCACCAAGAUUUGUUUGCUAAACAAAAGUGAGGGGAUUCCAGAUCGGUUUGAGCACCAAAGCAGAGGAGACACAAUUUCUUUCUGGUUUCGUAAAAAAAUCCCUUCUAUACGUUCUAUUAUUCUCCUUCGAGAUAAUCCUCUGGAGAAUCCAAGAGUUAAAGUGUUUGUUAAUGGCUAUUACGAUAAUCUAAUUGCCAAUCAUUUUAACAGUUUCAUUUUCCUUGUCAAUUUACGAUUGAAUCAUACAUACCUAUUUGAUCUGAAAUUGGAGGAAAUUGUUGAACUAAGUUCGAGAUUCAUGUUUGAACUUGACGAAGCACUUUCAAAAAAUGAAUGGAUUCAUAUCGAGCUUCAAAUUGGGAGAUGUUUGUCUUUCAUUGACAGUCCAGAAAUUGGAAUUCACGUGUUGAAGGAGAAAAGGAGCAUGGAGGAGGAUGUGAUAUUCACCAAUCCUUAUAGUAGAAAGAGAAAAUUAGAUAUGUAUCUCAACCCUUAUAGUAGAAAGAGAAAAUUAGAUGAAUAUCUCAAUAAUUCACCAUCACCACAAUACUACAUUGUAAUAGGGGAGUAUGUGGAUCCAAGUGGAUUGGAGCAAAUGGCUUCUUUAUUGGCUCGCUUACUGACAGUUCCUUUUGUUCCAUUAUAUUUUUCUUUUUGUUUGCUUGUUUUCUCUUUUCUUAUUCAGAAAUGCUAUUUGUAGCAAAUUUCUCACUAAUUGCGUUCCACCCGAUGAAAUUUCACACUGGCUGGAAGACAUGGGAUGGUGCGGUAUAAUUAUAGUUUGACUUCUCAUCUUGUAACAUUUCCCUUUCUUAAUUUAUUUUUUGAAGGAAUUUCCCUUUCUUA